UUAAAGUAACCAACGAUAUCUUAUCAACAAGUUAUCUCCAUGGCCGACAAACACUUCAGACGGAUGCGGCAGAUUCGACCUGAAUACAUAACUAAACGGUAUUUGAGGGAAGAAUUGCACACAGCAUCGAUGGAUGCAGUAUGCCAACAUGGAGUAAGGACUAAGACUGCCUCCAGAUAAAUGAAAAAACAU